AUGUCAACCUCUUCUUCGGCUAUAUUCUUGGGACCUCAGCAGUUGGGAAGCUUUGAAGUCUUGGCACUGGACGAAUCCAUAAUAUCCCAACGUAAUGUGGCGUUGGUGGACUAUUCUUCCGAUGAGGCACCAUAUGUUCCAUUCGAGACAGCGUGGGAUUGGCAAAAGGACAUUCUGGAAGGGCAUAUUGAACGUCUGACGAAUACUCCAGAGGAUUCUUCAAGCAGUACUAGUAUUCAGUUUCUUUCUCCCACGGAUUCCAUAAAUGUAAGGGGAGCAGACACUGUCAUUAUGCUACAACAUGAACCGGUCUAUACCUUGGGUACUGGAUCCGACGAAAAAUUCGUUCUGGGUCUACAACAACAACAACAACAAGAAACGAGUCCUUCUUCUGCUGCUGUUCCCACGGUACGCAUGGAUCGGGGAGGAGAAGUCACUUAUCAUGGUCCUGGGCAACUUACCGUGUAUCCAGUCUUGGACUUGCGGGGCUACCACCAAGACAUUCAUUGGUAUAUGCGGGCCUUGGAAGAAGCCAUUCUUUUGGCGCUCUCCAAAGUGGGGCUGGAUCGAGCAGAACGACAAGAGGAUGUGACGGGAGUGUGGGUGGACAAUUACAAGGUAGCCGCGUGUGGAGUCAAGGUAAAGAGGUGGAUUACUAUGCAUGGACUGGCUGUGAAUGUAGAAGCAUCGAGCUUGGAAAAUUUCAAAGGCAUUGUUCCCUGUGGAUUGGAGGGACGAAAGGUUGGAUGCAUCAAUCAAUUUCUAGACGAACCCAUCACCGUGAGUGAAUUUGCUCAGGUUAUGAAGGGUGCUAUUGAGGAAGUCUUUGAAAUACGGCUGCAGUCCAUUGAAGAUUCCAGAUUGUCAUUGUCAUAG